GGAAGCCGCGGCCGCGCAGGGGCGCCCGGAGGCGGCGGCCCAGCCCGUGCAGGGAGGGGAUCGGUGGGAGGGGGGGGCGCAUGGGGACCCCGCGGCGGCCGCGCGGCCCCGGGGCGCCCGCCGGCCCCCAGCGCCGCUUCUGAGCGCGUCCUCGCCCCCCGCCGCCGCCGCCCCCCUCCGCCCCCGGCACCUCCCAGCGCAGCCCCGCUCGGAGCCCGAAGGGGGCGCGGGGCGAGCAGCGCACAGCCCCCCCUCCACCUCGUCCUCCUCCCCCUCCAGCCCGUGCCCGGCCGCCCCCCGGGUGGGCGAUGCGCAGCUAACGGGCCAGUCGGGCGGGCGUUCCUCGGGCGGCGCGCGCGGCCGGUGCGCCCCAGCGAUGCAGUGUCCCGGGAGACGGCGGGCAUGACGGCGGCAGGAUGGGCGCGAACAAUGGCAAACAGUACGGCAGCGAGGGCAAAGGCAGCUCAAGCAUCUCAUCCGACGUGAGUUCAAGUACAGAUCAUACACCGACUCAAGCCCAGAAGAAUGUGGCAACCAGUGAAGAUUCCGACCUGAGCAUGCGCACCCUGAGCACGCCCAGCCCAGCCCUCAUCUGUCCACCGAACCUGCCCGGCUUUCAGAAUGGGAGGGGCUCGUCCACGUCCUCCUCGUCCAUCACGGGUGAGACGGUGGCCAUGGUCCACUCGCCGCCCCCGACGCGCCUCACGCACCCGCUCAUCCGCCUGGCGUCGCGGCCGCAGAAGGAGCAGGCGAGCAUCGAGCGGCUGCCCGACGCCGCGCUGGUCCACGUCUUCUCCUUCCUGCCCACCAACCAGCUGUGCCGCUGCGCGCGCGUGUGCCGCCGCUGGUACAACCUGGCGUGGGACCCGCGCCUCUGGAGGACUAUCCGCCUGACGGGCGAGACCAUCAACGUGGACCGCGCGCUCAAGGUGCUCACCCGCAGGCUCUGCCAGGACACCCCAAAUGUCUGUCUCAUGCUGGAAACGGUCAUCGUCAGCGGCUGCCGGAGGCUCACGGACCGCGGGCUCUACACCAUUGCCCAGUGCUGCCCCGAGCUCCGGCGCCUGGAGGUGUCCGGCUGUUACAACAUCUCCAACGAGGCCGUCUUCGACGUGGUGUCCCUCUGUCCCAACCUGGAGCACCUGGAUGUGUCAGGCUGCUCCAAAGUGACCUGCAUCAGCUUGACCCGGGAGGCCUCCAUCAAACUGUCCCCCCUGCACGGCAAACAGAUCUCCAUCCGCUACCUGGACAUGACGGACUGCUUCGUGCUGGAGGACGAGGGGCUGCACACCAUCGCGGCGCACUGCACGCAGCUCACGCACCUGUACCUGCGCCGCUGCGUGCGCCUCACGGACGAGGGCCUGCGCUACCUGAUGAUCUACUGCCCGUCCAUCAAGGAGCUGAGCGUCAGCGACUGCCGCUUCGUCAGCGACUUCGGCCUGCGCGAGAUCGCCAAGCUGGAGUCCCGCCUGCGCUAUCUCAGCAUCGCGCACUGCGGCCGGGUCACCGACGUGGGUAUCCGCUACGUGGCCAAGUACUGCAGCAAGCUGCGCUACCUCAACGCGAGGGGCUGCGAGGGCCUCACGGACCACGGCGUGGAGUACCUGGCCAAGAACUGCCCGAAGCUCAAGUCGCUGGACAUCGGCAAGUGCCCCCUGGUCUCCGACACCGGCCUGGAGUGCCUGGCCCUGAACUGCUUCAACCUCAAGCGACUCAGCCUCAAGGCCUGCGAGAGCAUCACCGGCCAGGGCCUGCAGAUCGUGGCCGCCAACUGCUUCGACCUGCAGAUGCUCAACGUGCAGGACUGCGAGGUGUCGGUGGACGCGCUGCGCUUCGUGAAACGCCACUGCAAACGCUGCGUCAUCGAGCACUCCAACCCGGCCUUCUUCUGAUCGGGCCCCACGCCGGCCCGCCUGGGUUCCUCCUACGAACACGUCGAAUCUUUGCAGUUGUUUGUUUGGGGAUUUUUUUGUUUUUGUUGUUUGUUUUUGUUGUUUUUGUUUUUGUUUUUAAGCAGCCGGUGUAAGCGCACCGACACCUACCACACACUCGGAUCGGCUCCUUCCUUCCAGGAAGGUUCUUAGGAAUCUGGCUUAGUCUUUUCUGAAUUAUUUUUUUUUUAUGGGCAACAAAGGUCAGGGGAAGGAAGGGGGGAGGGGG